AUGGAUUUGGCGCAGUCCCACAUUGAGAAGGACUCUCAAAACUUGAAAGAAGAGUGGCAGCAGGUUACAGAAGCCAUUGACCAGCAGACAACGGAAGACGCGGCUGAAAGAGACAGGGCAGCAAAGGAACGAGCAGCGCUUGAUGAAGAAAUCCAGGAGCUGGAGAGGCGCUUGGCUCAAAAGCUGGAACAGCGCAAGACGUUGACCGAGGUCAUUGACUCGUGCGACAUCCGCAUCUCUUGCAUACGGUCAAAAUUUGAGAAGCAACUGGGACGCCUUGAAGGCAAGCAGAAGCGUUUAGAAGAGGCUCAGAAGGAAGUGGAGGUAGAUUCUCAGCAGGUUUGUCAGAUGGAGGCUGAGCUGCAGAAGGAUCGGGAGGCUCUGCGGGAACAAGAGCUGCAGCAUCAGCAGCAAAUGCGAGACAUUCGCAGAGCAUCGCGGGAGUUGCAAAAGCAAAGGUGCUUCCUGUCCGGGAUCAUUCAGCGUCGUGUUGUGUGGCAGCGGCUCAUGGAACCUCAUCGAGAGUCCUUACACGAGGCUCGGCAGAAAUGGGAGGAGACGACACAAAGGUGCAUGGAGCUGUCUACAAGUUCCGCCAGCCAGGAGGCUGCAGCUGCGAAGCUUCGCAGCCAAAUUGACGCGACAGUGGAAGUUCUGCCGAGCUUGGAGGCAGAGAAGAAACUCGCGGUAGCUUCGCGAAGCUUCAAGGAGGCAGGUCGCUUGACGGAGGAGAUCCGAAGGAGGGAAGAAGGCAAGAAGAAGAUCGAAGCCGAACUGGAGUCCUUGCAGGCGGGACUGGCGACGGCCAGGGAAGAAUUGGCUUCAUGCAGACGGAACGAACAAGACGCUCAGGAAGAGCUGCUCCGGGUGGAAGGAAAAUGCGCAAUUGAGGAACUUCGAGUGCUCAGGCAUCAGGUCAGAGACUUGGAGGACCUCUGCAAGUCCUCCUCGCUCAGCGCUACUGCGCGGCAACUUUAUGUCCAGGAAGUGAGCGUGCUGAAGCACCAGCAGGCCCAUCUCGCCAAGAAGUACAGCAUUGAGGAAGAGUCCCUAGAAGACAUACCAAAGGAAACCAUUGAGGUUCUUCAGGAUGGUGAAGUGCUUGACCAGCCUGCCAGCGAUUCGGAUAUGUCGGAACCAGACCAGGUUCCAAACGGAAACUCGGAACCACGAGGCAUUCAUUCAGCAGAAGGCCUGUGCGAAGAGGAAGACCGCAAUGCAGAGUCAGAGGAACAGAAUCCUCUGAAUACGCAGGCCGAAGGCGGUGAUCUCAAUCCCAAUGACGUAUCCGAAAGAGUUGCUGUGGCUGAAUCUGCGAUUGAAGACUUCAAGGCCAAAAUCGAAGCCUUGGAGCCGGAGAUUGAGAAAGCCUGCGAGGUGGAGAAUUUUGACUUGGCUGAGGACUUGGAGUCCGAGAGAAAAACGCUGACGCAGAAGCUAGAAGAUGCUCAACAGGAGCUGACGCUGCUUAGAGGCUUGCUGUCAGAGACAGAUGGCCCUGAGAAGGAAGAGCCACAGGAAGAAGACAAAGAACCACCAGAGGUGGAGGGAGAGCUGCAAAAAGAGGACGAAGCGGAGACCCGAAACGAAGUGCGCGCGGCUGCCGGAAUGGCCUGUGCUCAGCCUUUUCUCCAUGCCUUUGCCAAAGCCAGAGGGUACAUCAGUUGCGUGUCCAGCAGGACAUUACGGCACAUAACCGUCAUUCCGCUUGACUGGACCUCACCUGAUAUUUUAUCCAAGCCACAGACUGGCGUGCUGCAACGGUGGGCUCAGACUCAUGAAGAUCCAGUUCAUGCAGUUGCUAUGCUGAACGAUCUCCCGAUUGCCGAGAAAGAUGUUUUCAAGUCACGAGCUGGUUUCCUGCGCAGUCUACGUGCGAUGCAUUGGCUCCAUUUGGCAGGUGCCCCUGCAGAAGAACUACUACAGAGCUGGCGGUUGCUUGAGAGCAUGAGCGGCGAUGAAGUUCGAUGUUUGCUGCCCUGUGACAUUGCUGAGACCUUCUUGUUGCUUGCAGGGUGCUGCAGGCCAAGUACAGAGCUGGUCAGACAUCUGAACAAGCAGUGCCGCUUCUUGUCUCGAUCGUUUGCUGCAGACGAAGUUGCGCAGGUUCUGCGGGCCUAUGGGAAAUUACGCUUUCGCUCAGUCCAGACUGUUCGCUUGUUGACCCACAGGUUCGGGGCUCUAUUGCGAGAUCCUGACACCCAUAUGGAUGUGAAAGGGUCACAUAUGGCUUGUGUUGCUGGCACCUACGCUUUGCUAGGUAUUCCUUGGCAGACCAGAGAUCCGUUCUUGCCUCGAGAGCUUUCCAUGGUGAGCAAUGCAUUUGCCAAGAUCCGGGCUGGUCCUUGGGCAAUGCCGCUCUUGAAAGCAAUUUCUGCUCGUACCAUGCCCCAGAUAGAUAGUUACAAUGAGCAGGACAUCUCGAACACGCUAAACGCCUUUGCACAACUUCGUGCAAGAGAUCCAGUGUUGUUUGAUGGUGCUGCAAUAGCACUUUUGAACAAUAUAUCAAGCUUUGCCCCGCAAGGACUUUCACUGGUAGCACACGCUUAUGCCAAGCUGCAAUUCAAGCACGAUGCGCUUCUCGACAAGAUUGCUGCCACUUCCAUUCGACUAAUGGAUCGCUUUAAGCCUGUUCACCUUGGAAAUUUGGGUUACGCUUUUGGGCGAUUACAGAUCCAGAACAAGCAGCUUACCCUGUGCUUGGCAGAUGAGGUGAUAUACCGAGGUACAAUUGGCAAGAGCCUACAACACACCAGUGACCUGUAUCGCUUUCCGCUGAGCCCGCUGGAGAGGCUUGCACAGGCAUUUGCCAGGCUUUCAGUUCAGGAUCAAAGGCUGUACUUUGUACUUUUCGACAUGACCCGGCAGCGUGUGCGAGAAUUCGUAGGCCGUGAGGAGAUGAAAGACAAGACCGGUGAAUUGCCAGGAGCCCCGACAACUGCAGAUGAGCCUGGCUUUGUAGUCGCUCCUGAUGGGCACGUUCCUUCCCUUUCAGGGCACGGCUUGUGCAUCCUGCUAUCGGCCUUUGCGAGGAGCCAGUCAAACUUCCAUAGCUUAGUGCGCUGGGUUCCGCGGCAGGUCACUGCGCUGCAAGGCCAAUGCUCUACGUUCCAGCUGUGCAAUAUUUUCAACUCUUGCAGCAGGCUUGGUAUUGUUAAUUCGCCCAUGUACACAGAGCUCCUUUCAUUUGCGAAGUCACGGGUGCCGCAGAUGAGUCCAAGAGCCCUUGCAAUGCUACUGCGUGGCAUGGCAAGGGCCAAGGUGUCUGAUCGAAACGUGAUUCGUAGCGCGGUCAAAGUGAUUUCCGCUAAGCUGGUUGAGCUGGAUGUGGUCGAUGCGUGCGCUUUGUUUGUAGGUUGCGCUGAGAUGAACUACCGUGAUGCAAGGUUCAUUCGGCUGCUGGCUUCAGUUGUCAGGGCCAGGCUCAGUGAGAUCUCGGGCAGCCAGCUGACAACAGCCUUCGCUUGUUACGCGCACCUUCGCAUUCAACAUUAUUCUUGGUUUGAUGCGAUUCUUUUUGAGCUCUUCCAGCGGCAGCAUGAGCUCAGCGAGAAGGAUGCAUCAAACAUUGCGUAUGGGAUGCUUCUUCUGGGCGCCGUGGGGUGGCAUGAGCAACUGGCACGAAAAGAAGAUGCACCCUGCUAUCCGUUUGACACGCACAGUGGAGUGCUGUACAGCAUGCUUGCCAUCUCCAACGAGCACAGAAAAGAGCUGAACUACCCCGCGAUCUACCAGCUGCAAAUCGUUGAGCUCUACCUGAGGCUUCUGGAGCCCAGCGUGUACGAUUCAAUGCGACAAGAACUGAAGAGUUUUCUUGCAAAGUCAAGAAAGGUAAACGUAGUGGUGGAUGAUUACAUGCAGAAUUCCAGUAGACUACAUCGCCGCAUCUCGCAGUGGUUCACGCGCGUUGGCUUGCACCACCGCAGCGAGGUGUUCUUGGGGCCCUUCAUGCUUGACAUGGUUAUUGGGGACAGGGUCGUUGUGGAGAUCGACGGCCCAUCGCACUUCUACCGCGACACGAACACGCGAACCGCAUCAAGCCUGCUUAAACACAUUCUGCUGAGCGCAAUGGGAUUCCACGUGCGCCACUUGCCGUACCAAGAGUGGCAGCAAUGCGGUACGGCUGUCAAGCGGACGAUGUACUGUUCCGCAUUCUGGAAAGAUGUAAUGUCAGCCAGUGGCUUGACAGAUCCGGCGGGGUCCUCUGAUGCAAGGGUUCCCGAACUCGUCGACAUUCUUGAUUUGGUGCUUAACUGGCAGUCUGGCCAGGGACCUCACCCAAGUGUUGCGCUUAUGGGGAGGCAAUUAGAACCCAAGCGGUGCGAACAAGGUCUUCCUGCAUUCUAUGAUGUAGAUGCAUCCCAGCUGGGUGACAUUUCUUCCCAUUCCGAAAUGUCUAGGUCCAAGUUUGACGUUGAUCAAGAGAGGAAUGGGACACGUUCCGAGCAAGAGUUGCUAGAAGCCCACGCAGAAGCAGAGGCUGCGCUGGAGGAUGAUCGUCAGCAUAGCAUUAGCUCGAUUCUGCGCGUUCGCUUGGACUCGCGGCAGCAGCUGGUGCAAGAAGGGAGAACGGAUGUGAGCAGCAUUAUUCCAAGGUCACGACGAAAGGUCAUUCGCCACUCAAGUGCUGGAAUUUUUGAUGUUGAUGCCUUGGAGGAGAACACGGAUGACAGUUCUGAUGAAGAACUAGAAGUGCGAACUCAAAUUGCGCUGAGUGGAUUCCAGUUUUGGGACCUUGAGCCGCCACCCUGCCAGCUCCCGCAGCCCUCCUCCAAUCAGGACAUGCUGAACGAUCGCUUGGCUCGAGCAGAGGUCAGGAGCGUGCAAGAGAGACCCAGCCGCGGUGGCAAGGGCGUCCGAGCAGUGGUGCCCGCUAGACCAGAACCUGCAGACAGCUUUCUUGUCCGAGGGCGAGGGUCUCGCAUGUACGGAGGUUCAGUAGCAAGCCCUAGUGGUGGUCUCAGCCUUGGAAGCGACAGAAUCUCUGCAGGCAGCAACCCACGAGCAUCUGCUUUCGCGAGAGCUUUUGACGUGGAGGAGCAGAAUCCUGGUCCCGUGCGUCGAGUUCGCGGCAGGCGCGAUGGGCCGUAUGAGCUCAUGGUUGAGGUUGAUGCCGACUACAAUGGCUUCCCCAGAUAUUCUCAGUACGACUGGGAUGAGCCAGAUUGGGAGCACGACCAGUUUGAGGGUCCACAGACCGUGGGCUCCGCUAUCUUUGUGCGGAACCUGCCGCCUGGAGUAGAAGGACACCAGCUGAAGCACCUCUUUGAAGAAGCAGGGCAGAUUGCAAACAUCCAGGUGGACCAAGGGCCACUUCCAACCGCCACCAUCGGCUAUGUACGACAGGGCGUCGCUUUUGAUGCCGCGGAGAUGUUCCACGGUCGAUGGCUGCUCGGACAGGAGCUCAAGGUGACUGUGAAAGCUGGAGACAUGAUGUCCACGCCAGCAAGAAAAGUCGAUGAUGACUUCUGGCGUGAUGAGCUACGGGAAAUGCGACAGAAAGGUCAUCUCAUGCGCAAUGACCCGUGGCUGAUGACGCAGUUUGAAGGGCAGGAGGCUCGAUGGGUGAACUGGGUGCCUGCGAAAGGAAAAGGCAAAAGGAAGGGGCCUGUGAAAGGUGAUGCCUACUUGUCAGGCAAAGGAAGUGCACCAGGAGGUAUGCGAAGUGCCUUGGCCUGGGAUGACUGA